AUGUCUGAACUCUGGACCAAGCCAUCAGGGAACUCGUCGGCCCUCUGGGCCAAGCCCACCUCCACGUUCGAGUCGCAGACCCAUAACCCAUCAGCCACACCUCUGUCCGAGGCCCAGACGCGGGUCCGCCACCCCGGAAGGCGAUUUGCGAAGCAGAUUUCCCAAAGCGGGACAUUGACCCCCGAGAACAAGCUCCGGUCAAACCCCGGCGAGGGCUGGCUGUCUUGGCUGACCCGGUUCUCGCGACGCAGGCAAAUCGUGAAGCUGAAGCCCGAGUACUACGACAAGUACAAGGAGGUUCACGCGGCAGUCUGGCCCGAGGUGCUGAGGCAGAUCAAGGCGUGCAACAUCGUGGACUACAGCAUAUUCCAUGACUCCGACUCACACAUCCUCUUUGCGACCUUCAAAUACGUCGGAUACGAUUAUGCCGGGGAUAUGGAGAGGAUGCGGGAGAACCCCAAGGUGCGAGAGUGGUGGAAGAUGACGGACGAGUUCCAGGAGUCGAUGGUCCCCGGGGCCAAGAGCAGCGAGGACGGCGAGCCGUCGUGGUGGAAGCCCAUCGAGGAGGUCUUCUACCAGGCUUAG